GCGGAUGCGGCUCAGUCCUGUUCUCCUCCUGUAGAAACCAAGAUGCCACCUGCACAUCCAUCAUAUUUGCUGCUUUUUGCCUUAAUAUUUCGUCUCGCUGCGGCGGCAGAAGUGUCCGUAUGGAGCGUGGCCAUCAACCCGGUACAAAAUGCUGUGUUUCGGAAGACGCUGUAUGCCAACACCACCAUCUCCAUGAAGUUUCAGGGCGAUACAGCAUCAUGUGACAGAAACUUGGUAUUCAACAUCAGCUGGUACCUGCGUUCCUCUGUUUGCUACAAUGAGGUCUUCAACACACCAGACAACAAAGCGACAAACAUGUUUGGUUUGGACCACAUGGUUAAAGAUGGCUGGAGUGGCUUCUACAGUCAGGGCUACAUGUACUUUGAAAACUGCUCCUCCCUCUUCUUACCAAAGGUGUAUUAUCCUGAAUUCAACCCAUAUCAGCCCCUCACUAGCCCAAAGAGUGACGCAUCAAAUCAGAGCUUUAUUUGGCCUGAUAAACCGGACAUCAGUGCAGUGGCCAAAGCCUGGAAGGACAGUCCAUAUCUUUUCAUUGUAAAAGUGCAGCCGUUGUUUCGUGGCAUUGAAGAUGAAGAAAUUGGCCCCGAGCAGGUCAACUUUGCUUUCACAAUGAAAGUUGAGAUGAAGGGUCCACAUGACUACUCCUCUCCAGCAGACUGGCCUCUCAUGAUGUUCUUCAUGGUUAUGUGCAUCAUAUACGUGCUGUUCGGGGCUCUGUGGCUCUUCUGGUGCGCCUGUUAUUGGCGGGAUCUCCUGCGGAUUCAGUUCUGGAUUGGUGCCGUCAUCAUCCUCGGCAUGUUAGAGAAAGCCGUCUUUUAUUCAGAAUACCAGAACAUCCGGUACAAAGGAGACUAUGUUCAAGGUGCAGUGAUAUUUGCAGAACUGCUCUCUGCUCUUAAAAGAUCUUUAGCUCGGAUCCUGGUCCUCAUUGUCAGUCUUGGCUAUGGUAUAGUCAAGCCCAGCUUGGGUACCACAGUGCACCGGCUUGCAGCUGUUGGCCUUCUUUACCUUCUCUUCUCCUCUGUGGAGGGUGUGAUGAGAGUGACGGGUGGUUUCUAUGGUACAGUUGCCCUGGUGGCUAACCUCAGCCUCUCCCUCAUUGACUCCUGCGUAAUGUGGUGGAUUUUCAUCAGUCUGUCUCAAACCAUUCGUCUGCUGAAGCUCCGCAGAAACAUCGUGAAGCUGUCUUUGUAUCAGCACUUCACCAACACGCUCAUCUUCUCUGUUUUGGCUUCCAUUAUAUUCAUCAUCUGGACCACCAAAGUCUUCAAGAUGGUGGACUGCCAAACGGGUUGGAGGGACUUGUGGGUGGACGAUGCCUUCUGGCGUCUCCUGUUCUCCACCAUUCUGCUGGUCAUCAUGGUGUUGCUGCGGCCCUCUGUGAACAACCAGAGGUUCUCUCAUUCCCCUCUGAUUGAUGAAGACGAUGAAGAGGAGGAGACCAAGGAGCCCAUGCUGAAUGAAGCUUAUGCGGGAAUGAAGAUGAGAGGUUCAAAGCCUGACAUAACGCUAUUUGAUGAAGACCUAAAGUGGGUCGAGGAGAAUAUUCCUACAACUGUUGCUGACGUAGCACUCCCUGUCAUGCUAGAUGAGGAAGAGGAAAUACUGAAAACCAAGAUGGAGAGAUCCAAAAUGGAGUAGACCUAAGAGGUUUGAUGUGAGAAUGAAAAGAGAGCAAAUUCAAGGUAGCAAUGAUUGCUUUUUGAGUGAUCUGAUUACCAAAAAAAAGUUCUCUCCAAACACUUCAUUUUUUACUGAACAUUGUGUAAUAAUACUUAAAUAAGCUAAAAGAAGCAUGAAUAGUGUGUUUUAUGAAGGGGAUUUGGAUGGAUGGGUUGGCUGCUCUUGAUAUUUUUUCUAGAUCAGCACUCUUCAACUAAAGUGAAACUGAACACAUUACACAACAGAACACUAAUUAGUAUUUUCUUUAUUUCCUUCAAGAAUGGGUUUGGCCAAGUCACAAAAUAAGCAAACUAAUGGAUAUUUUACACAAUGCAUUGUAGAAAAUAGCAUAUUUAUAUUUAUCAAAAUCCUGCUUGGUGGUGUUAAAUUAAUAUAAUAUUCAAUGGUUUUAAUGGGUGUUUUAAGAACAUCUUAGGAACAGAGUGAAGGGAACCUGAACACCAACUGGGUCAAAUCUGUAGAAACGUGAGGACCAAUUUGGAAUCUGUUCAGAUACAAUUCUUUACUUUUCGCACUCAUCACAGCCAGGAUAUCACAUAUCCUGAGAGUGGAGAGGAAACUGAAAACACUAAAGCUGCUUUCAGACAUGUAUGGGAGUCUGGGUGUGGAAGUCUAGAUCUCCUGCUAGCUUCCCAGGAAAAUGUCCACAUAAUGUCCAAGUGAGACUCUAUAAGAACACAGGAAAAUUCCUGCUGUUGCGAACACGUCUGAACCUUGACAAUCUCCCGCUGCAUAAGUUUUGUCCACCUGAGGGUCGUGGUGGGUGCUGGUGCCAAUCCCAGCUGACAUGGGGCACAGGACAAGUCAUCAGUCCAUCACAGGGCCUGUUUUCAUGUGUUUAGCUGAAGAUACAGAUACAAUAAUUACAGUUAUAUUAAGUGUACAACCAUUUUGUUGUAUAAAUUGUUGUUUUUCAUUAUCUUUUAUAUUUAUAUCAGAAGCCAUUUUGGACCAUAAACAUGUUUUGAGUUUUGACACGAACUGAAGGCUACAUAGAUUCUUGGUGACGUGAAGGAUAUUCAGCUAUAAAAUUGACAAUGUUGCUAUAUUUUACACACUGUACCUUUUAAAUCAUACACUGACAUAAAUAAUAUUCAAAUGAGCACGAAACGUUAUGGCGUGUCAACCCAUAAGCUUCUUAAUUAAAAAAUAAAAAGUAAAGUUUCUUGGGGUUGUACCUGCCAGUGAUUAUUUUCUAAGCUAAUUUUAAGGUAAAAUGUGUAAUACUGUCAACUCAUUAUUAUUUGCACUGUGUUUUCUGUCUAGAUUUGCCAGUGUUACUGUACAUUAACAUGGCGUCAUUUUGCAUCAUUGAAUACAGAUACUUGAAGCCUGUCAUAGUUGUUUGGGGGAAAAUGCUUCGUAUUGUUUUUGUUUUUUAUCCUUAAUUAUGGUGUUGUUAAAAGGAAAUCUUUCAAAGCCAAAAAACAUACGCUCUUGUUGCGCCAUGUCACAACUGUGUUUAUGACAGAACAGUGAAAACAAGUGAAAAUGUAGUUGAAGUAAUGGUUAUUUUUUGCAAUAUUACUGAUUAUUGAUACUGUAUGGGGUCAACACAGUGGGAAAGCUGAAUGAACAGGCCUGUAUUUAAAUCUUGAAAAUAAACUGAAGUAUGUUCAUUUCCAUUUUUCUUGAAAUAACAUGUUUUCUUUUAAGAAGAGGAGGUUAGCUACAUAUUAUUUAAACAAUGUGGGUUUUGUUUUCCAUCAUGCAAUCGCAAUUGAUAAGCCUUGUAUAAGGCUUACUGAAGUAAAAUACUGUUCUUUCUUUUGUGGUUUUGGCCUCAAUUCAAAUUCUGUACACUGUAUAUGUCAUGGACUAUAUAAAUGUAAUGGCACUCACCUUCCACUGAGUUGAAUUUAGGUCCUCAUCCACAUUCAGUGGGGCGGAGUAGUUUUUAAAUAAUGUACAUGAUAAAUUAAUAUUUUUUAAUAACACCUCAAGUACACACUCCUUUGUGCUCAUUGUGUUCACAUUGCAAAAUAAUCUUCUGCCUGCCGUGGCAGAAUUUUAAUCCCAUCCUUGUGCAAUCUACUGCAGUUUGUGCAGAUAUGUUAAAUUUUGCUUUCUUUUUUGUUUUUUAUAUUUGUUUGAAGUCUUGUUGAGGAUAUUUAUUUCAGAGAGAUACUAAAGCCCAAUAUUUGGUUGUGAGUCCGCACUGUAAUGUGAAGCUGACAAUAUUGUAGCUUUUUGCGUUUAUCUUGCAAAUAAAAUUUGUAUUGAAACAUG